AUGUUGGACUAUUCUGUCUCACUAGAUGCAUCUCAGAGCAUACGUUGGACUGUUCUGUCUCACCAAAUGCAACUCAGAGCAGAUGUUGGACUAUUCUGUCUCACCAGAUACAUCUCAGAGCAGAUGUUGGACUAUUCUGUCUCACUAGAUGCAUCUCAGAGCAGAUGUUGGACUAUUCUGUCUCACCAGAUGCAACUCAGAGCAGAUGUUGGACUAUUCUGUCUCACUAGAUGCAUCUCAGAGCAGAUGUUGGACUAUUCUGUCUCACCAAAUGCAACUCAGAGCAUAUGUUGGACUAUUCUGUCUUACCAGAUGCAUCUCAGAGCAGAUGUUGGACUAUUCUGUCUCACCAGAUGCAUCUCAGAGCAGAUGUUGGACUAUUCUGUCUCACCAGAUGCAUCUCAGAGCAUAUGUUGGACUAUUCUGUCUCACCAGAUGCAUCUCAGAGCAGAUGUUGGACUAUUCUGUCUCACCAAAUGCAUCUCAGAGCAGAUGUUGGACUAUUCUGUGUAA